ACAUUCCUAAAAAACACACACAUACAGGUCAACAAUUUGUCAUCGUCUUCACAAAGUCACAAAUAAAUCCAACCAGAAAAUUCCAACUAGAAAAAGACUGUCAAAAUGUGGAACCCAGAAUCAGUUCUUAUGUAUUUACUACAUCAUGGCUCAGAAAACCCAUGAUUUUUCACCGGAAAAAAUGACUAAUAUUUGCCGGAAAAUAGUUCAAGUCAAGAUUAGGUGGAAGAUAUUUGAUAAAGCUUCAAUCUUUAGGGAGUUUUUUCGUUUUAUUUGGGAAAGAAUCAUUGUUUGUUCAACUGACCGGAAACCGGUGAGGUACCGGCGUUUGUCUCGAAGAAGUUCAUCGUCUCCGGUGGCUAUGGAGGAAGUUGAAGGGUAUGGGGUAGGUGGUGGAGAAGGUGAUCCUUUAACUGCAACUUGUAGUGGGUAUGAUAGUGAUUCAGAUUUAGUUACUUUGAAGAUCAGUAUUUUGGGUGAUUGUCAGAUUGGUAAAACAAGUUUUGUGAUUAAGUAUGUAGGUGAUGAACAAGAAAAGAGGUGCUUGCAGAUGAAGGGAUUGAACUUAAUGGAUAAAACAUUAGUUGUACGAGGUGCACGAAUUGCAUUUAGAAUAUGGGAUGUAGGAGGUGAUCAUAGCUCAUUUGAUCAGAUUCCAAUUGCUUGUAAAGAUGCUGUUGCCAUUCUCUUUAUGUUCGAUCUCACUAGCCGGAGUACAUUGAACAAUGUGAUAAGUUGGUAUACUGAAGCAAGAAAGUGGAAUCAGACUGCUAUUCCAAUACUAAUUGGGACCAAAUUUGAUGAUUUUGUUCAGCUUCCACCAGACAUUCAAUGGUCUGUGGUGACACAGGCAAGGACAUAUGCAAAGGCAAUGAAAGCAACACUUUUCUUCUCAAGUUCAACACAUAACAUCAAUGUGAAUAAGAUCUUUAAGUUCAUAAUGGCAAAGCUCUUUAACUUGCCUUGGUCUGUCAAGAGAAAUCUUACUAUUGGUGAACCAAUUAUUGACUUCUAGUUCUUCCUACUACUACUGUUACGUUAUGUUUUGUAUAUAAAAGGAGGGAGUAGUGAAUUCAUUAACAUGUAAUAUUUGUAUUUCCUUUUCACCUUUCUUAUUGAGUGUAUAGCGAAAUCAAGGUUGAUGAUAAAUUCAGCAAAGUUUCCACGAUAUUUUACCUUUCCAUAUUAAAGGGCUCUUGUAUUUGGUAAUACUAAUAGAAUAUAUGAAGAAAAGUUUAGUGCGAC